CUCCCUCAUUCUUGUACAUAAAGAGUGAGACAGCAAUAUCACGAUCCGAUUCGAGAAAUGGUUAUCCAUAGCACGUCGUAGUGACGUGUCAGACUGGGGUGUGUAAACAGCUUCGACUAAACAACGAAAUAAACUUAAUUUGUUGUUUAAUUUAAUUGUUUUCGUAGUAAAAUGCGAUCAGUACGUGAUUUUAAGUACGAUGUGAUAAGUUUAAUACGAUAUGUUAAGGAGCGGCCGUGUUUAUGGGAUAAAACGUUGGAAAAUUAUAAAGAUCGAACGGAACGGAGGAGCGCUUGGGAAGAAAUUUUUAACUUAUUGGAUGACAGUUAUGAAGAUAUGACGCCUGAAGAGAAGAGAAUCACGGGAGAACUAAUUCUGAACAAAUGGACAAACAUCAGAGAUACAUUUAACAAAACAUUAAAAACUAGAAUGGGUAAGCCAAAGAAGAAAUACGUACUACACGAACACUUAGAAUUCCUAAUGAAAAUCAUACCUGAAGCUGCGAAUGAAAGCCAUAGAGAACUGAAUUUAGACCCUAGUUUUAUGAAACAAGAACCUGAAACUAGUUAUACAAUAACUACUGAAAUAGUGCCUGAAACUUCAAGUGAUUUCACCAUCAGUAAUGUCACUAGUUUUGGCAGUAAGAAAAUUGAUUUUGAUGCCACUAAAGCAGUGGAUUCAGUCAGCGAAGUUAGCUAUAGCAGUACGAAACGUUCAAAACGGGAUUUCGACUCGAAAUCAACAGAUGUUAGUGAUUACAGUUACCGUAAGGGUAAAAGUAAAAAGAAAUCCAGCAAAUUCGUUUUUGAUGAUGAAGAGUCUGUGACUAGUCGAAAGAAAACAAGAAAAAGUAGCAUCAAAGAUACAAAUGAUGAUUCUUCAAUCAUGGAUUCUAUAAACGAUAUUAAUUUUGUUGAAGUUGAUACAAGUUUUGCGAAUGACCCGCGGAUAAUGAACGAAGAUGAGGCAUUUUUUGCCUCUUUAUUACCUACUGUUGUGAAGUAUAAUGAAAAUGAGAGGCUGGAGUUCAGGCUUGAAGUGCUUGGAGUCAUGAAGAAGUUGAAGGAUAAAAGGAAUUGGACUGCGGAUUAGUAUUUAUAUUUGAAUUGAAGAUAUAGUAAAGGGAGAACAGGCAAGACCUUUGUAACAUGAACUUGAGUUGCCAGUUUUAACCCUUUAACCGCCGACAACGUAAUAUUACGGUUUCGAAAGCUGUGUCCGAAUCGCCACAUAC